AUGCAUAAGACUUAUUCUUUAAGAAACUCAAGAGCCCCAACGGCCUCUGAACUACAAGCUCCACCGCCACCACCAUCCACAACCAAGUCCAGAUUCUUCGGCAGAGCCUCCUUAGCCUCCACUUUCAGAAAAAAUGCUGCUGGUAACUUCGGACCAGAACUGGCUCGUAAGUUGUCCCAAUUGAUCAAAACAGAAAAGGGGGUCUUGAGAGCCAUGGAAGUCGUCGCCAACGAAAGACGUGCUGCUGCCAGACAACUCUCUUUAUGGGGUGCAGAGAACGACGAAGAUGUCUCUGAUGUCACCGACAAACUAGGUGUCCUACUAUUUGAGUUGGGUGAACUACAAGACCAAUUCAUCGACAAGUACGACCAAUACCGUAUCAGUAUGAAAUCUAUCAGAAACAUCGAGGCCUCUGUCCAGCCUAGCCGUGAUCGCAAGGACAAAAUCACCGACGAGAUCGCCCAUUUGAAAUACAAAGACCCCACCUCUACAAAAAUCCCUGUUUUGGAACAAGAACUGGUGCGUGCUGAAGCAGAGUCCUUGGUCGCCGAAGCUCAGUUGUCUAAUAUCACAAGAGAAAAAUUGAAGACCUCCUAUAACUAUCAAUUCGACUCAAUGAGGGAAUUAGCUGAAAAAUUCGCUUUGAUUGCUGGGUAUGGAAAAGCCUUAUUAGAGCUUUUAGAUGACUCCCCUGUGACUCCUGGGGAGGCUAGACCCGCUUACGAUGGUUAUGACGCUUCUAGACAAAUUAUCAUGGACUGUGAGGCCGCCUUGGAAGCUUGGACUUUGGAUAUUGCUGCCGUUAAACCAACCUUGUCCUUCCAUCAAACUGUUGAUGAUGUAUAUGAAGAAUUGGAUGAUGAAAUAGAAGAACAAGAACCAGAACCAGAACCAGAACAAGAACAAGAACUAGAAGAAGAACCACCACUAGAUGAAGAAGAUGAAGAAAUCAUUGAAGAUGACGUAGAACAACUACAUCCAGAAGAACACGAGCAAGAUGUCGUGGAUGAUGUGGAAGAACAUCAUCAUGACGAAAAUAAUACUACUAAUCCACAAUUCUAA